AUGGAGCAAAGGCUUAUCUGGCCCAAUGUAAUCGAGCUCGACCUCAAUUUUAAGCCAUUGGCUGAAGUCAUCAAUCAAGAGGUGAAUCCUAAACUACAGAAACUAAAACAGAAACUGAUAGCGAGAGGACUUGGCGAUUACGAUGUUGAAUGGACCGUGCAGAACCAAAUCCUUCGAGUGGCUGUCAAGCCGAAGAGCUCAACUGGCACCAUUCCUCCAAUAAAACCAAUCAACGAAAUGCUCUGCAUCGAAGUUAACGUCGCCCAAUUGGCUGAAAGGGCAAAACGAUCAGUGUCGUCGUCAGAUAUCGAUGUGACAUGUGUAAAUCCGGUGGCGAAAUGUGAAGGAUUGGCAUGCUCAUACUGUACCGACGUCGAUGUCAAUCCAUUACCUCCAGGCGCGAUUAAAGAUGAAUUCCACAACUGCAUUCCUGGGUUUUAA